AUGCUCCAGAUGGACCAGGGGAAGAAUAAACGCAGUAUGGACGACCUGGAAAGGAGGCGAGCUCGAAAUAGACUGUCACAGCGCGCAUACCGCCGCAGACAUGCCGAGAGGCUGAGAGAACUCCGAGAACGCGCUGAGGCUGGCACUACGUCGCCGAACGAAAUUCUCGAGAAGACGCAGAAGGAAAAUCAACUUUUACGGAAGCAGCUAUGCGACUUUCAAUCGAAGCUGGCCAGUGUCACUGAGAGUUUAAUGACCUUGGCUGGCUCCGUGACUAACGUCCUGAAUGAAAAUUCGCCAGAUCAACCUCCUUUCGAGGAGACGAAGGUCGAUCCACCCGUUGAACAAAAUGAAACUACAGCUGAGACUGAUAUUUUCAACCCCGGUCCCGUUGAAUCAACUUUGUUCUCGGAUUUAAUGAUAGAUGGGAUCUUUCAGCCGAGAUCCGCCAUGCCAGUUACUUAUCCACCCGAGACAUUCAGCGUGGCUGCCGGGCCUGCAACAUCAAGCGCUGGGCUUGACUGGGAGGCCAUGUCAGGAAACCCGAGUGUUUUGAAUCACCAGCAGAUCCCGAACAUCUGGAGCUACGGGUACCAGAUGGGCUUCCAGCCGCUCUACCGGCAAGUCGUUGCAGUGCUUGGGCUUUUUAACAGCUUAACCCGACCAGAAGCCAUGGCAUGGUAUGCGAAAACGAGAUUUCACCAUAUUGUCGACUUAACCACGUGGCAAUUACACCCAUGUCCGCAAACGCUAGAGAGGGUCGAAAAGCAAUAUCGUCCGACAAUGUUCCAGCUACAGCAUGACCAUCCAAAAGUGAUCGAUUGGAUACCAUUUCCAUCUAUUAGAGACCGCCUGAUUCGCUUGCACUCGGCGAACCCUCAGAUCGACCAGAUAUUCUGUGAUUUGGUCAGCAGUUAUACAGUCGAAGCCGACAUGGCAGAUUUAAUAUUGGGAGCACCCGCACAAAGAGUCUACAUCCGCGUUUUGGACGUCUCUAUGGGUGCUGCUGAUGUUAAGAACAAGAUGAUAGACCCACCUUCUGUGCUUCCGGUAGCAGAUGCUGGAAGCUUGUUCUCAAACCCUGAAUGCGCCCAGGCUCUAUUCGUGCUCUUGCAUAUGGAUCAUGGAAUCUCGGAGUAUAAACUUGAUCCUUCCUUUUUUGGUACCUAUCCUGAGCUCUUUGACCCAGAAGAGGACUAUAUUGCGCAGGGCGUUCCAUUGAGGCCAGAUAUUCAAACGAUAUUACCUCGCCCAGUUCGUCUUAAUAAUCUGACGUUCCAGACAUAUCGGAGCUUUAUUGAUUUCCAUAAAUUAGCUCUUACACCAUUUUAA